GAGCAAACAGAGGAGCUGAGACCAGCAUCACCCACCGCAUCCGAAAGUCUCGUCAGUGAGAAGGAGACAACAAACAAUUUCUUGUAUACAGUACUGAAAGGUAACAGGCGAUGUACCAUUCCCGGCAAGAUGUACUCGAAACGUCUCCCUGACUCAUGGAUUCGCAUUCAUUUCGUUCUUAACGAUGAAGACGGAGGAGAGCUGCUAGACCUGCGCACAGAAUUACUCGGAGAAGCCCUUAGGAACACAAGCGUCAAUGGAAAACCUGUUGAAUUUAUGUAG